ACGCGUUAGAACUGCACCAGAAGCUAUCUGCGAAGAAGGUUCCAGAACUCCGCAAGAUUUGCAAUGAAGAAGGCGUCGAGUGGACGAAGAAAGACCUGGCGGUGAAUGAGUUAGUAAGAUGCAGGACAAGAUUGGCGUAUGGGGAAUGCAGCRACAAUGCCCAUUUGUCUGACAGGUAAGGAUGAUCAUGGAUCACCUUGAGAAGCUUAGGGGGCUGAUGUUUGAUGAGGGAAGAAGGGGAGGUCAAAGUAAGGCUGGGUUAGACGUCGGCAUUGAGGAUGAGAUCCUAAGACGUUUUCUUUUGAUSGUGAUUGAUGGCUACUACCCUUGGGYGAAGAAGUGGGUGAAGUUGAUAGAUGGGGAAAAGGGAGGAUUGUCCACAAGAGAAAAAGGCGUGUAUGUGCUAGUAAGUCCCUGGUGCAGACACUUCUACAUUGGAUGCACCAAGAGGACGUAUAUUAUCCGAUGGAAUGAGCACGUGAAUUUUGCGAGUUCCGGGAAGCUUGGGAACGCGCCUAAGCUGCACGCGUGGUUGAAGGUAUUUGGGUGGGAGAAUUAUCUGCUAUUACCACUAGUCUCAGGCAUUGGCGACUCGUUGGUUGUGGAGAAGUCGUUGAUUAAGCGGUUCUCACCAGCUCUGAAUACCCAACAUAGAUCUGACCAGGGGAGGAAGGGGAGACGAAGAAAAGGGAAGAGGGAGAGAGGGAAGAGGGGUACGGAUGCCGGAAUUGGAAGGAUUAUCACUUUUAACGAGGGUUCAUCUAUCAUCGAUCUAUUGAAGGAUUUACGUGGGUCGGUGGCACCAAUACACGUGUCCACGUCAGGAGGUGAAACGUGGAUAGACAGGUGGAAGGUAGUGAAGGGCACGGUUGGGGAGAGCAUCGUUAGUGUACGGGGGAAGGAUAAGUGGUUGAAAGACUGUAAGCAAGAAUUUGAAGUUGGGGGAGAGUUUGUUAUAAUCCGGAUCAGAGUGACGUCGUCGGCGAUUGAGCAUCACAGAAAUGUGCUGCGGGAUAUGCUGAGGCAACCAUGGAGGAUUAGGACGCUAUAUAAGAAGAAAGCCAGGGAGCUUUUGGCUCUGUAUAAGACUGCAGCGACAUUUGGGAGGAAGGUCUCGAGGUAUCAACUGAAGACGAAGAUUACGAAGUUAGCAGCGAAGGCUGUUGGAAGCUGUAUCCAGGAUCCACAUCUGCGGGUGUAUGUGACUCAUAGAACGAGGGUGGUGUAUAAGAAGCAUCUGACGGUGGGACAGAUCAUACACAGUCAUCGGUUGAGUGCAGAGGCAUCAGAGGCGGUAUGCGUGUGUGCAGAAAGCAGAUGGGAUAGAACACAGGGUCACGUGAAAGUAAGAUUGGAUGAUAUUCCAGAUGCACCGAACUUCGUGAAGAAUUCGAAGAACAUUACGUGUCGCGAUAUCGUGACGAGUGAUGUACUAGCUGACAGUAUCAGAGAGACAGCCAAGCCCUGGAGUAAGGGAAAAGGUGUGUGGAUAGAUAGAGUGAAGGUUGACGCAUGUCUGAAGUACGUGAGGAGGAGUGAGCAUCGGGCUAUGACCGUGUCGGAGGUGAGGAGGUGGGCCAGCAGCAUUCAAAGGUUGGUAGCUGUUCCGAUUGACAGCAAUCCUGGAGCUACUUUGAUCAUUUGUCCGGUUUUGUAUUUACAUGCUUGCAAGAUGACAUUUAACUGGAAUCCUGGUUUCCUACCUGUUGAGACGACAGAAGAAGACGUAGUUAAGGAAAUGAAGAGGAAAUAUGAGACGGCAGGACUGCGAUCUAUUGCAGUAUGGGGGAAGGCAGGCGAAAUCGGGAAAGGGUAUGUGUUGCCGAAAGAUAAGGAUGUCAACCGGUGGAGGCCGAUUUCACCUGCCACCAAGGAUCCUGCAAGGCUGGCAGGUUCAAGGAUAGGGAGGGCGGUCAGGUUCAUGCUGUUUAGUAUGAUGAAUGACAGGCACUUCGAUUUGCGAUCGACCGAUGAUCUGCGAAAGCGGUGUGGGGAGAUUCAGGAGGAGCUGGCAGAAGGAGGAGAUGGGAUUGUGGCGAGAGGUUAUGAUAUAAAAGACAUGUUUUCAAAACUGUCACAUGGCAGCAUUAUCAGUGCGGUUAGAUGGGUGAGCGAUGUACAUCAGCAAAAGGGAAUGGUUGGCGUGAGAGUAAGUCAGAGAGGGAGGACGUGCAUGAUGGCUAGAAACAAACGGAAGACUGAGGGGUUUGUUCUCUUAAAUUUUCGGUUGAUAGUAGCAGCAGUCACGUUCGAGCUUACUAAUACGUACGUCAAAUGUGCGGGGCAGAUUUUGAAGCAAGAGUUUGGGAUUCCCAUGGGUAGGAACUCAAGCCCUGCACUCGCAUGUUUAGUAUGUGCCCAAGCAGAAGCGGAAUUUUUAUGCAGUCUUGGGAGGGAAGUGAGGUUCGUGAGAGGGAUAAGGAUCAUUGAUGAUGUGGCGGUGUUCAUUGGCAUCGAGGGAGGGGGUAGAGGGACAUGUGGCCGGGUAAAAGGUUGUUCAUGAGGUUUGAGGAAUGCUACGAUGAU